CAUAUAUAAAGCUGUAUUGGGAAAGUGUCAACAUUAAGCAUUUUUCUUUAUAACAGUAAAUAUAAUACAUUUAAAAAAAAAUGGAAGAUACUUUAAGCACAUAUUUUUUCCGAGCUCUAACUGUACUCGGAAUCUUUGCAUUAACAAAUGGACAAUUCGGGGGAUAUGGGAGAAGACGAAUUAUACCGAGGAGAAUAUACCCAAGAUAUCCUAUGGGCGGUGGUUUAAUUGACCCAUAUUCUAGAGGAUCUAUUAUAGGCGAUCCUUACGUUGAUCCAUAUAUUGGGACUGAUACACUUGGAGGUGGCAUCUAUCCUGGAGGAGGUAUAGGUGUUAUUGGAGGUCGACGACGCCCAGUUGUCGUAGAUGACAGUUCGAGGAGAAAUGCUCAGGAUAUAAAUGUAUCAAACAAUAAUGUUAAUGUGGAACGUAGCACAGGUUCAGAUAAUGUCCAUGUAAACCAAGUUACAAACACUAGGACUUGUGAGUGUCAAACGGGUCAUAUAAUGGGAGGACAAUGUGGUCCAUAUCAACAAUGUGUGUCAGAUUCAUGUAGUGGCGGAGGAGGUAAUGGAGUAUGUCGGGACACUGGCAUUGGCGGUCCCAUGAUGGGUGGUCCAGUUAUGGGUGGCCCAGUUAUGGGUGGUUUUGAUGGACAUGGUCAUGGUGGAUGGUGAUAGUAUAAUUGUACAAUUUGUAGAAAAUAUCAAUUAAAUAUUUAUGUCAAAAC